UUCUUGCGGAAACUGACUAAUGAACAUCGGGAGGAGGGGUAAUUGGAGAGUUUAUUAACAGCACAUUUCCCAUCUCAAGCGUCCACAACGCCUGGUGACACGUUUAUUUGUUCCAGUUCAGGUAUCUACCAUGAAGUGUCUGCCGCUUGUGUUCUUGGUGCUGUGUGGCAUCUCCUCUGUGACACCUUUUUGUCUUUACAAAUUCAAUGAACUUCGAAGUUCCAUCGAAAGCAUGAGGAGCAGUGUCUGGGGGAGUCAGAGAACGCUGGAGAACUACAUGGCCAGAGAGAAUGUACUGGGCAAUGAUCUGAAGUCGUCUAUUUCCAGACUGAACUACCGUCUAAGUGGGCUAGAGAGUAGAAUGGAUAUCACAAAUAAUAAUUUAAAUGCGCUAAACAAUCGCCUCGGGAACCUACAGAACCAAGUUAAUCAGCAGAACACAAAAAUCGAUAAAACCGCUCAGGCAUUAGAAGAGAUUUCGACCAUCUACAAAAACAAUUUCAAUCUGGACAACGCAGAUAUCAGGAUGUUUAAUUCAAAAGAGUGACGUAUAUGACCAAGUGUAGUAGUAAUAUUGUAGAUGGCAGUGAACUGGAAGGACUAUUUUAUUAAUUACUCAAUGUAUUAAUUUUUUUGUUAAUAAAACAUAAUACUUUAAAUAUUAAAAUGCACAAUCCAGACAUUUUCAUUUGCCCUAGUCGGUUAACCAAUUUUCGUAAGGAAACAUGAAGCAUAUAUCUGAAUGUGGUGAUGAGUUUAACUUGGUUUUUAGUUUUAUAAUUCUGUAAAUUUUAAUAUAACCGUUUUAUUAUACCUAGAAAUGUUAAUCGCUAAAUUAUUGUGUAAUAAGUUACAUAGGUUGAAGUUAUAAAAAAUAUAAUUUUGAAAUUUAAUAGUU